CUAAUCAGCGAUCAUUCUAUCAAGUAUGUGGCAAACAACUGCCCGCAGCUGCAGCAUGUGGAUCUUCGGCGCUCGGCAGUCGGUGAGCAGGGGGUGAUCAGCCUGGUGAAGAACCUGGAGCAGCUGGAGAGUGUCUGGCUGAGCGGCUGCGAGGGAGUGACGGACUUCGCUGUGACCCGGCUGAUGCUCAAUGCCCGGAGGCUGGUGGACUUGAGGGUCCGAGAGUGCCCGAGGCUGUCGGAUGACUGCUUGGCUGCUGUGGUGGGGAGCAGCCGGCUGGUGAUGCUGGACGUUGGGAGCCUUCCGAGACUGACGGAGGAGGCUGUGGUCAAAGUGGUGCGGACGAGCUCGAAUCUGACAGCUCUCAACUUGUCCAGAUGCCCGCAGGUGGGUUCGGACGCGGUGUGGAACAUGGGCCCUCGGGUGCAGGUGCGGGAGAGCGACAGCCUUGACUGGGAGGAAGCAGCCAACAGCGAUCUCCCGCUCCACACAACCCUAGGAUGUCCGCGGAUGCGUAUGCUGUCCCUCUCCAAGUGCUCGCAGCUCACAGACUCAGGGCUGAUGAACCUGGUGGGCUGCAAGGAGCUGCAGGAGCUCGACAUAUCGGAGUGCGUGCGGGUGACGGAUGCGUCGCUCAUCGGCCUCGUCAGGUCCUGCCGCCUCAAGAAGCUCAUCCUAAGAGGAUGCAAGCUGCUCACGGACCGCAGCCUGAGGGCGCUGGGCAAGCAUGCGUCCGAGCUCGAGCUGCUCGACAUC